AUGGAUUCCAACAAAGUGAAGACUUUAGAGCCCCUGGACACAGUUGAUUCUAUCCCCGGCCGUGUGGUAGCCGCCGAUGAAGAGCGCCUUGCGCAACUUGGGCACCAGAAAGAGCUCAAACGGCAAUUUUCCCUGACGACUUUGGGAGCUCUUUGUCUGUAUCUCAUGGCAACAUGGGAAGCAACGUCCACCGUUAUCGCCCAAGCAUUGCUGAGUGGCUCCCAACUCCGGCCACCGAUCGCCUUCGAUAGCUACAAUUACAUUCUACAUCGUCUAUAUUUCUGCAUUGCAUCAUCACUUGGCGAAAUUGCAUCGAUCUACUCAACUGCUGGAGGUACGUGCCCGUAUACGAACCCCUUUUCUAAGCCAAAUGAGCUCGGGGAGUCUAAUCAACGAUUUCCACCAGGCCAAUAUCACUGGGUAGCAGCACUUUCUCCACCCCGUAGCCGAUGCCUCGCGGCGCUCACGACCGGAUGGGUCUCCGUCGGCGGCCUAAUAGUCUUCUGUGCAUCAGCCGCGUUCGCAGCCGGCCUGCAGACCCAAUUCCUAAUCAUCAUGAACGAGGACUCAUAUAUACCGCAAAGAUGGCAGGGCUUGCUCUUCUACUUGGCGAUCCUGCUAUAUGCAGGUGUCAUGAACAUUUGGGGUUCCCAGCUGCUUCCCCAUGCCAACAUGAUUUCAGAUCAAGGUGUAAUCCACGUCGCGGGUUUUGUGGCUCUACUCAUCGUCCUUGGUGUCAUGGCCCCUAAAAACGCCCCGUCGUUUGUGUUCACCGAGUUCGUCAACAGCAGCGGUUGGAGUAAUGAUGGCGUUUCUUGGCUCGUGGGUCUAAUCAGCGCCGUAUACGACGCUGCUUGCCACAUGGCGGAAGAAAUCCCCGACGCACCUCCGAAUGUCCCCUUUGCUAUGGUCGGCAGUUUGGUUGCGAAUGGCCUGAUGGGUCUCACCUACUGCACCGUCCUUCUUUUUUCGACGGGUUCUCUCGAAUCACUGUUGACCACACCUACUGGUUUCCCCUUCAUGCAAAUCUACCUGGAUGCCACAAGAUCCCGGGCUGGGGCAACAGUCUUAUCGCUGUUGCUCAUCGUUAUGGCCACAGCUGCAACGGUCGGCGGCAUCACCUCAGCCUCCGUACCUUUUGACGCAUCGUUCAGCUACGUCAAUAAGCGGCAACAGGUUCCAUUGGAGGCCAUGGUCUUUGUCACCACGUCUCAGAUGCUUCUUGAAUUUCUCUACUUGGUGAGCAGCACCGCCUUCAAUGCUGUGCUGUCUAUGGCGAUUAUUGGAAUCUAUAUUUCGUACAGCAUCCCGAUCGUUUAUAUGCUGCUAUCGGGUAGGAAUAAGCUCACGUGGAAUGAGUACGAGCCGUUCAAACUUGGAAGCUUUCUCGGGCCCUUGCUCAACGUCAUCAGUCUUGUUUGGAUGACCGUUGUCAUCAUAUUCAGCCCAUUUCCUUCUUCUCAGCCUGUCACUGCCCAAAACAUGAAUUACUAUACUGUUGUUAUGGCAGGGUGGCUUCUUUUUGGGCUGUUGUACUAUUUCUUGAAAGGGAAGGCCAAGUUCGAGGUUCCGAUUGCGGUUUCAGAUGUAGUCGAAGGGGCGGGAAGCAACUGA